AUGCGAUGUAUUGCAUUUCUAUUAUUCUUCAUUUUUUCAACGCUAGGAAAUGCUGAUUUAACACCCCAUGGUUAGUUAUUUGUUUUUUUUUUUGAUAUCAGAAUCAAAAUAAUACCAAUUUCAGAACUUGAUAUGUUUGAUUGGUCAUCCACAAUUCGAUUUGGAUAUUGUUUAGAUCGACCUUUGCCAGAUCUUAUGAUACCAUUCCGCAAAUACAUGUCAAAAUAUAUUAAUAUUUAUUGUAAAAACUCCACAGCUUGUGGUCUAAAUUACACGUAUGCAAAUUAUUUUUUUUUGUUGAACAUGGUGUAUUUUUCCAGAGUGACAUGGGGGCCUCGAGAUAUUGCAAUUCUCGAUGGUUUUCCGAAGCGUGAAGCAGUCGCAAUUGUGGUCAAAUUCUCUGCGGUAAUUCCGUUGAAUGGCUUACCGAAUGAAAAACCGGAAAGACCUUUGCUCAAAAAACAAGUUUUAUCAGGUAUGGCGGAUUUUUAAAAAAACGAUAAAUGACAAAUUUAAAAAAUAUAUUCCAAAAAUUACGAAAAUUGCAUUUUCAGAUAUUCUCAAAAAAUACAACGACAGUUUACGCGAUGAUCUCGGCUGGGAGAUUCUUUCAUAUGAAAAAUAUCCAAGAUUUGAUGCGAUGACUGAAUUUAUGAACAUCGCAAUUAUUCCCAUCGUCAUAAUCUCCCUUCCCCUCAUGAUUUGUCUAGCUUAUUGGGUAUCAACUCUUCGACCCAAUUCUGGAUCGGAAACUUGGAUGGUAACUGGUUCAGCGGGCGGUAAAAAUGCUGCACUACGUCGUACUAUGGAGAUUAUUGCCGAGCAGAAUGAAGAGUAUGAAAGACAGCAAAGAUAUGCGCUUACGAAAAAUGUUGCGGUAACUAGUGGUCAUGAAGGUAUCACAACUACUGGAGAACUUUUACUCAAUGUUGCCAGGUGGGUUGUGUGAAAAUUGUGGAUAAUCAAGCAAAAUAUAUAUGUAGAUAGACAAUAAUAAUUACCAUUAGUAUAAAGAAACAGGUAAACUCAAAAUAAUUACAGUUUGAGAUCAAGUGAUUAUUAUCAUCAUCAUCAUGAAGAAAAUUCGAAUGAGGUUCCACAGAAUAAGUUACUCUUCUAUCAACCUUUCGCUUCUUUUCACUUUCAGACUCUUUUCGUGUGACUUUUCAGCUUCUUCUCUGUCAUUAUUCAUAGAUUCUUCACAUAGAAAAUGAUUCGUUACAAAAAAGAAUCGCAACAUUUUACAGAUUAUCAAUGGCGUCGUCACAACCUACCUCCGUUCAAUCCCCUCAAAUAUUUAUUCAAGCCGGUAGUUCUAGUUCAUCAUCUCAUCCAAGAACUUCAAUUGUAUCACUUUCACAUGGCAAAGAGCUUUUACACGUUAAACCCAAGUAUGUUUGAUUUUCUUUAACGCUUUUUGAAGCCUCUAAAAUUCUUCAUCAGAAUAUCUGAUUCUGUAUUGUGUCUCUUCAAAUUGUCGAUUUGAUAAAUUAAUCGAAGUUGAAAAAGAGCAAAACAAUAAAUCAGCAAAUGACACGAACACAUUUGUUUUAUCGACACCCACCACAUUGUGUCAAAAAAUUUUUUGUUCAUUUUCCAUUCUUCAGACAUUCUCGUCGUCCCUCAUCUGUAGAAGAAAUAAAGAAAGCGCGUCGUUUACGCGGACAUCGAAGAUCAGAUGCGAAACAAUGGAAAUCGGGUAGUCUUAUGUUGGCUGGUUUUCGACGAACUUAA